CGCGUCUACUUUUUACAACACCUUUGAGCUUAUUUUUAUUGCUUUCUUUCUUCCUCUUCGUUUUUGCCAAACGCUCUUUUUCCCUUUAUACCUCUGUUCAAUUUUUCCCGUUGGGCAUUUUCUUUUUGUCGUUUAGCACUUCACUAAGGAUUCUAAGGACGUUCAUAAGAAAAUACAAGAAGAUAAAUGACGUCGCACGGCAAAUUUCCUGAAGGAUGGUUUUUCAUCAAAAACCUCAGCAACGGCUGCGUGUUGAUGGCCGACAACGCCUCGACAAAAUCUGGCGAAACGAUCGUGAUUUCUUCACUCCGUAAUAACGAUCAUGAAGUGCAAUUAUGGCGACAUGGUGAAGACGGACGCUUGUACAACAAAAAGACGGGACUUGUAUUGGAUGUCAAAGGUGAUGCAAAAGCUGGAUCCGAGAUUGUGCAACAAGCUCCGGCCAAUGACCACAGCCCUUGCCAAACCUUUGGCAUUUCGGCUGAAGGCCACAUCUAUCUUACGGAGAAGCCAUCCCUUGUCCUUGGUAUCAAGGAAUCCUUCUUCUCACGCCGCGAGGGUCUCCAUGUCCACCUGCAACUCGUCGAUAAGCGCACCAUGGAUCGAAAGGAGCAGCGAUGGGACUUUGUGGUCCCUGUGAUGAAGCAAUCCUCUUCUUCAACUUUAGGUUUGCUUAAGCGCACCUUGAGCAGUGCAUCCGGUCUGGGUGGUUCGGAUAACAACAGCUCCAAACCAUCUAUCCAUCGCCAAUCUUCCAAUGAUGCGCUCUCUACUCAUUCUGGUUCCACAUCCUCACUUUUGGAUCAUGAUGAUUCCUACAUUGUCCCUGCCGGUAGUUUCCCGGACAAGGACUUUUUCCUCAAGGCACAAAGCACCGGUUAUUUCAUCGGUGUAGAAGCCGGUUCUUUGAACAACCCUGGUGCCCGAUUGACCAUUGACGCCCUUCGCAAGACGGCUUACAACUCCCAGUUGUGGUCGUAUGAUGCUGCUACUCAUCGCUUGGUGAACAAGCAGUCCGGGUUUGCUCUUACGGCGGAAGAGCUCAAAGAGGAUGCUUACGUAUGUCAAUCUUCCGCCAAUAGCGAUCCCAGCUACAAACUUCAAGCCUGGACAAUGACUGCCGAUGGUCAUGUCGCCUUAAAAUCCGAUGAAUCGUUUGUCCUCGCUUUCAAGGACAGCUGGUUCGGUACCACUCGCGAAGGGGCUCACGUGCAUCUUCAGCGCGCGGCUAAUGAUGCCCUGAAGUUUCAACAGUUCCGUGUGGUUUUCCCUCUCAUUAAAGAGUCUUCCUCCACCAGCACUCGAACCAUUAUCGAGCGUCAUGGUGUUUUCCCUGAUGGCUGGUUCUUUGUAAAGAACCAACAAAACGGGCUCGUAGUGACCGCUAAAGAUGACGAUCACAUCGUACUGGCUUCAAAGUUGGACACAUCACACUAUCACAGCCAGCUGUGGUCGCACAGAGACGGCUUUUUAAUUAACCAGCACACAAAGACGGUCCUGGAUGUCCGUGGUGGCUGUAUCAUUGGCGGCGCUCAAGUAUGCCACUAUCAUGAAAAGAAAAAAGAUAACGAGAACCAGCAGUGGGCUUUGACGCCUGAAGGCCAUAUCUAUGUGAAAUCUCAGCCUACCCUUGUAUUGGCUAUCCCAGAAGAUGAGAGCAACCAAUCCCGCAUUUACUUGGCUCACAAGAACAUGGAGCAUAAGCAACAGCAAUGGAACUUUGUUCUGCCUGUCUUUAAGAAGAAGAUCGUCAAUGUCGCUAAACCGGUCGUCACCAAGACAAUCACGUACCGUUAUGCUCGCUACCCUACAGGCUGGUUCAUGGUGCGAUCCUUUAUCAAUGGAUCCACGGCCGAAAAGCCUUUGGUUCUGACGGCGGUCGAAUCGCGUGUGCGACUGAUGUCUGUGAACUUUGAGCAAUGGCAAUCUCAGCUGUGGACUUAUCGAAAUGGUGCCUUGAUCAAUUUCCAAACCCAAUUGGCCGUUUCCGUAAGCACAAUUGCCGCACAAGCUGGCUUAAUUCAAGCACCGUAUCAAGACAAAGCUGAAACUCAACAGUGGCAUCUCACUAUUGAUGGUUAUCUCAUCCAUGCUGUUGAUUCUUCACUGGCUGUAUGCAGCAAGAACGAUGAACUGGUUCUGACCGAACAUGCUUCCGCCGAAGAGGAGCAUCGCUGGGGAUUGCUCAUGCCCGAAAUCACCUUCAAUGGUCACAUUCAAAUCCUGUCUCGCUGGACCGUCAUUUUGCUGGAAGAAUGGCGCCGUGUACGUGAACAAACGGUUCAAAAGGUGAUCCAUCGUGUUGCCGAAUGGCCUCAGACAACGUUUUUCAUUGCUGCCCAUGAUUCCAUGAUGCUGGUUCCCGAUCGAUCGGAAGCCUUCUCUUAUUUGAUGCUCCGCAAACUUGAUUACAAGCGCUAUGAAGAUUAUCUGUGGCAAUUCAAGAAUGGGUUCCUGGUUCACUAUGCUACCGGUCUCGUUUUGCAUGCUGCAGACAAUUUGGUCAAUGGUAGCCAUUUACAAAUCCGCGGAGAAUUGAUCAACGAGAAUCAACACGCCGAUGAGCGUCAGAUGUGGACAAUCAAAACCGAUGGUUCUAUUGCCUCUGCCUCUAUGAGUUCGCUUGGAUUCGGCGUAAUCCAGCAUGGUAAUCGUUAUGCUGUUGAAUUGUGUGAUACUAACAAUGCUAGUGAACAUUACUCGUGGAGCUUGCUCUAUGGAAAAUACGAAAACAAGGAGCUCAUUGGAACCGAAACUAUCAUCCUGUCUGCUGCAUCAUUGCAAAGAGAAUCAAGCAGCCGCAAGCUUGUCACCAUCAGCUAUGGUUUAUUCCCUGAAAACUGGUUCUACAUCCGCAGCAAGGCUGACAAGUCUUUGGUGUUGACCACUGCCACUUCCAAGAAGGGUGCCAAAUUGAUUCUGUCCAAACUGGAUUUCAAGGUCUUCCGUCGCCAAUUGUGGCAUUACCGUGACGAUGGUUGCCUCGCUAAUCUGGAAUCCGAUUAUGUCAUUGAUGUCGCUGGUGGCGCUCUGCAACAUGGAAGCGAUAUUAUUCAGUGGAACGAAAAGAUGCUCAAACGAAGCCGCAAGAACCAAUUGUGGAGCUUAUCCGUCCAUGGUCACAUCCAUCCUCGUUCACGUCCUGGUCUGGCACUGGUGCCCCUCGAGGUCAAGGAAGCGGCCGAAGUCAAAUUGUUAGCUCGCGGUGCCUUGUCGCUUGAACACCAGCAAUGGACCUUUGCCUCGCCUGUGUUUGGUAAACGUCAAUACUCUGGCGUCAUUACUGCAUCUCAGAUCAUGGAUGACGGUAUUUUCGUCAACAGCGUGGGUGAUGCUGCCCUUGAAGUUUCCAGCCGCGAAUCGUAUGAGCGCUUGACCAAGCGUACCAUUAUUCGACGCUGGGGUAUUUUCCCUGACCAGGCUUUCUUUAUUCGUUGCGCUUACGGCAAGGAAAAUCUCGCUUUGACUGUGGAGCAGAAACCUUUGUCGGUGAAUGGCGCCACUGAAUAUGAAGUGGUUCUGCGUGCUCUCAAUUUCAAGGAGUACAAGUGGCAGUUCUGGACAUUCCAAGAAGGACACCUCAUUAACGUGCAAACCGGUUUGGCGCUCGAUGGCCAGAUUGUCAAGGGCCAACUCAUUGAAGACGGUCUCCGUUGCCAGCUGUACGUGAGAGAAAAAUCAGCCGCGGAAAGCCAGUAUUGGGCGUUGACCGCUGAAGGCGAAAUCCAUUUGACUUCCGAACAACAUCUCGUUAUUGGCGUGGCGAAUGCCGAACGUGCCUGUGUUGAAGGCGCUCAAGUGGGCUUGAAAGCCUUGAAGGCUCGCAAGGUAGAUUCCAAUGGCAAACAAACCUGGUUGCUGCGAUCCGAAGAAUGGCUUCGCUGGCGAUUCUCCAAGCCAGUUUACGGUACCAAGAAGGUGACUACGGUUGUGAGCGGCGCCGCCGCCGCCGUGGCUGGAGCCGCUAUUGCCGGUGAGAUUGCUGAAGUUAUCGAAGGUCUCCAGGAUGAAAAGGUGGUUGUCAAGGAAAACGAAGAUUCUGACCAUGAAGAAUCCGAUGAAGACUCCGACGAUUCUGAUAACGAACAAGACGAUGUGCCUCAAACUGUGCGUGCCGACGAGGAGAAGAAGACCAUGGCUGUUGUCACUGACAACAAGGUGACUCAUGAAGAACAAACCCAAGUAUCUCAGCCUAUCACUCCUGUAACACCUACAUCUCCCGUGGUUUCCAAAAUCAAGCAGCAAAAGAAGCUCAAGACGUUGCAGUACCACCGACAGGCUUCGUUCCAGUUACGAGAUGAUUACGUUCCUACCGGAUUUGAAAAGGUCGUCCGUUACAAGAACCAUCAAGGCACUUUCCCCAACGGUUAUUUCUUUAUCAAGAGUCACCUUCACGGUUUUGUUCUCGAUGUGCUCGAUGACGCUGUGGAAAAUGCUCAGAUCGUCCUCAAACGUCUUCGUACUACUGACUUUGCUUCCCAGCUCUGGUCCUUCCGUGACGGCUAUCUGACCAACCUCAAGGGUCAACGCUUGGUCUUGGAUGGUGCCAAGUCUGAUGUAGUCAAGGCCGGUGAGCGUGUCCAUUUGGCUGUUCAGAAAUCGUCCCACUGUGAUGAUCAGUUGUGGGAAUACACCAUAGCAGGUCUUAUCCACCUGCGUGCCAAACGGUCCCUGGUGCUUUCCAUCAAGGAACUCCGCCGUUCUGACACUUACUCCUACAUUGAUGUCUUUUUGCAAGAAGAACUGGUGCGUCCUGAUCAUACUCAUGCUCGUAGUGAACAACGUUGGGAGAUCCUUAUUCCUGCCAUGAUCCCCAUGAGCCAAUCCGAAACCAAGGUCAAGAUCAUUGAAGGAGGAAGAAUUAGUGCAAUCAGCAGCUCCGCAUCCGCCGUUCUCGCCUUCAAAUGGAUCAAAGAAACAUUUGAACACAAGAUCACCACCCAAGAUCAGUGGCCAAGCAGUGACAAUUGGUUCUUUAUCCGAUUCGGCACGGACGACGUCUUUUUGGCCGCUGGCGAGAACGAUCAUACCGUUGGUCUUCAUCAGUUGGAAGAAGGUGCCAAUUAUCGUCGCUACAUGUGGAUGUACGCCGAUGGCUUCCUCAUCAAUUACAAGCAUAUGCUGCGAAUUGCCGUUGACGAAGCUACUCAAACAUGGAUAUUGACGGAUGCUCAAGAGUCCGCCCAUCAACUUGUCAAGAUUUCCGCCAAGGGUGUCAUUUCUAUUCACAUCCAUCAGACGGUUCACUAUCUCCGCAUUGAGCAAAAGGAGACCAAGUACCAACUGAAACUGGCCUCCGAAGAAGACAAGGGUCAAACGGUACAACUCCACGUUCCUGUUUUCUCUGAUCAUGAAGUUGAGAAGAGUGCCAACGUUGCUUCUACUACGGCUAUUUCCUGGCUUCGUACGCAACGCAAGACUGUCACUACCAUUGUCAUGCGCCGCGGUGUGUUCCCUGAUGCUCCUUGGUUCUUUAUCAAGAUUGACAAAGAUCAUUGUCAAGACUUGCAAGAAGAAUACGUGCUUGCCAUUGACGCCAACUCUUCCAGUAUUGUCGUACAAAAGAUGUGCUACGCUGAAUUUAGACGCCAGCUUUGGACUUUCCGCGAUGGCCUUUUGAUCAAUUAUGGCAGCAAGAUGGUCAUUGAUGUGAACGGUUCCAUUGCUUCAAACAAUCAUAUUGUGUGUGCCACUGAAGCGGGUGUCAGCAGCCAAAAGUGGAGCUUGACAGCCGAAGGUCAUAUCCAGCUUGACAGCUACGAUAAGCUGGUCAUUGGUUACUCCGAAUCCUUGAAGGAAAAUUUGGCCUUGAAGUUGGUUGCCAUUGAUCAAGCCGAGUUCACCGGUAUGCGUUGGAGAUUCGCCGUUCCUGUGUUUGGCAAAAAGACAACCACUACCGAAACCGCCGUCACAUUUGACAGCAUUACGGAAGCUGUCGAGCAAGGCGCCUCCAUCCAGGAAGUGGAAGAAAUCCGCUACACUGUGCAAGAUGUUUUCCAGAAGCCUUCUGUUGCUGAGGAAUCAAACCACCGUAUCCAUGAUGUCUUGAAGACAGUCGGUAUUGCUGCCGGUGCUACCGCUGCUGCUGUGGUAGCUGUCGGUGCUGCUUCCAAGGCGGCCGAUGCCUACCACCAUACCGAUGCCCACAAGAUCCAUCAAGAUGAAUCUGUUCAUACCGGUGCUGAAGCGACUACGACUACUGAUGAUGUCCGUAAAGAAACCUUGACACUGACUCAUGCUUCGAAAGCGUCCGUUUCAGUCAUUAAGGAGUCCCAAGUCCUGGUGCGCGCCUGGCGUAUUGUUUUCAUGCAGCGUAUCCGAAAGUGCAAGACUCAAGAAGAAUUCGCCAUUGCAAUUGAACAGGGUCAGCAAGAACUUUAUCAGCGACUUGAUGAGCACGUCCGCUUGCACGCGUCUGUCCAUCAUCUUGUGUCUGGAGCGACUCCUGAAUGGCAGGUCUCCAUUGAGCAAGUCAAAGAACUUUUCCGUGCCCGUUUGUUUGACAAGCUUAGCAACAAGGUGAAAAGCUCAACGACGAGCCACAUUACUUUCGAAGAAUUGCAAAUCGAGGAAAGUCUGUCGACAACCUUUACCGAGAUCAAUCAACAUUAUGAGCAAGUGUUGACGCAAGAAACCCAGACCGUUGCUACUGAGAACGAGACCGAAACCACGACGGAAGACCAUGAAUUGGUGCUUGCUUCUGCAUCCAGCAUCCUCGUGACGGUGGAUAGCCUCAAGGUGACCGUCCGUUACUGGCUCGCUGACUUGUACAAGCGACUUUCCUCCAAGAAGAACGUUUCUGAUGAGGAACUCAAGCAAACCAUCGAGGAAGCUCGUCAAGAACUCACAGAGAAGUUGAAUCGUUACCAGGUUUCAGUGUGUGAACAUGCUGAGAAGACCAAGGUGAAUACGGUCACCGUGAAGCAAUCCGUGGAGGUCGCCAUUGCUCGCACCCAGGCCAUCGUCAAUGAGCAGUUGAAGAUUGUCGAAACUGAGAAGCAUCCCACGGAGGAGCAAUGGACCAAGGUCACUGAAGUCGUUGGUGUCCGUUUGUCUGAGCAGUUGAAGACUUGCCAGACUGCUAUUUCUCAGGAAUUGGCAACUACUGGUACCGUUCAAGAAUCCAAGGUGACCGUUGUGAUCGACCAAAAGAACACGGAAGCUGCCAAGGAAACUGUUUCCAGCAAGAUUGUGGAAAGCAAGACUCGCGUGACGGCGUGGUUCAGCCAGUUGGUGUCAAACAUUCACGAGUGUGUUCAGGUCUCCGGAGACAACUAUGCUCAAGAUAUUGUGACGCUUGUGGAAGGUGCCCAAGUCGAGAUUGUAGCCUUGAUUGACGAAGUCAAGUUCGUUUUACGAGCCUACCAUGGACAUCUGUCGCAUCUCACCUCGGCUGAACGUAACCGUCUCGAAUAUGAACUGGAAAACGUCAAGGCUUCGUUGAUUGCUACCAUCAUCCAAUACAAGACCUGCGCUCAGCAAUCGAAUGUUUCCAAGGAAGAUAUUCUGCGCUACACCCAGAUCUCGUUUGGUAGCGAAAAUGAGAAGUUGGUCUUGAGCGAAUUGGAAGAAAUGAAGAUCAAGAUUGUCGGUGUCACCGUUACUGAGAGCAAGAAGGUCGAAGCUGUGAUUGAAAACGAGUCCUCUACCAUUACCUCCAGCACUCAAGAAUCCGUGGUCCAAGCCAAGAAGGAAGAGGUCGUGGUUGAAACCGAAAAACCCAAGGUGGCCAUUGAAACCAAGGUCCAACAAGUCGUUGAUCAAGGCCAAAAGGGUGGACAGGUGGUUUCUGAAAUCAAGCAUGAAGCGGUUGUUGAGAAAGACCAAGUUCAGCAAGUCGUUUCUGAAACCAAGACAUCGCAAGUCAUUGCCCAUAAUCAAAAGGAAGCCAAGGAGACCGAGGUGGUAACUGAAGUUGUUACUGGUGCAGUCGAUGUUGUAUGUGAAGCUGGUCAAACGGUAUCUGUCGAAAAGAAACAAGAAGAUGUUGUUGACACAAAGAAGCAACAAGUCAUCGUUGAAGAAAAGAAGCACCAAAUCGUUGUUGGCGAUCAGAAAGAUCACGUUGUCACUGGUGGUGGAGCGAUCCAGGUUGUUACUGGUGACAAGUCUCAGCAAGUCAUCAUCGAAGAUAAGCAGCACAAAGUGACGGACAACGUGGUCAAGAAACCAACUCAAGUUGUAUCGGAGCAAAAGUCGGAAGGCAAAAAGAUUGCCGUGGCCGCCGGUGCGUCUGUUGCCCUUGGCGCUGCCGCUGCCGCUGUUGCGUCCGCUGCUAUUCGUCAUCACCAUCAAGAAAAGGACACUCAAGGAUUAACCGAAGUCUCUACCGGAACGUCCGCUGUGAUUGGUACUCAACCCUCGACAGCCAUCCAUGCUCACGAUCAUGAAGAAAAGUUGGUCGUCAUCCUUGAAGAAACCAAGGUCACUGUUCAACAGUGGUUCAGCCGCCUGACAGAAAAGAUUGUUGCCCGUACCAAUCAAGGCGGAGAGAACGUAUCUCAGGACAUUGAUCUUAUCGUUGUCGAAGCUUUGGAAGAAUUCUCUGUGACCAUUGAGAAAGCCAAGCAAUCGGCCAAGGUGUCCGCUGGUACUUCGCAAACCACCGUGCAUGAAAGCUUGACGUCCAUUCGAACCACCGUGUGGCAACAAGUGACCGAGUUCAAACAGACCGUUCCAUCAUCCUCGCAAGAAGCUGAACAAAAAUUGGCCAGCAUCAAACAGUCCUUGUUGACUCACUUUGAAACCGCCGUUGAAGAGUGCAAGGAUGUGAUUCCGGUGAUUCCACGCAGAAAGUCAUCCUUGACCAUUGGCAAGACCAUGUCUGAAAAGACGCACAAGGUUCAAUCCCAGAUCGCAGUUGUGGUUGAAGAGACCAAGGUGUAUGUUCAAGAAUGGUUCCGUCGUUUAACCGACCGUGUUUCUCAACGCGUCCAGCAAGGAGGUGACAAUGUCUCGGCUGACGUGGCCCUGAUUAUUUCCGAAGCCCGUCAGGAAAUCACGGUGAUUACCGAAAAUUCCAAGUCCAAGCUUCAGUCCAAGGUCGAUGUCACAUCCACCACCAAUGCUUCUGAGCUUUUGAUCAUCCAAGAGGCACAAAAGAAGAUGGAUGUGACCAUUACCCAGGUUCAAGAAAGUGUUCUUGUCAAGGUGACCGAGGUGGAACAAAUCGCAUUGGAGUCCGAUUCGGCUACGGUUUCCGAGAAACUGUCCGUCGUCUGUCAAGAAACGACCGAGAAGAUUCACACCUCAUUGACCAUGUCUGAAAAGCUCAUUGAACACCAUCUCGAUGUCGUCGCCGAGUCCUCUGUUACUGAGGAGGUGGAGCAUCAACAGGAAUCCGAAUCUGGUGCCGUGGUGGUUGUGCCUGCCAAGCAGCAGCAAGUCGAGAACGUCACCCAAGAGACAAUUGUGCAAGCCACGACUUCGGAGACUGCAUUGAAUGUUGUGGUGACCACUUCGCAUCGUGUCUCGAGCUCCGUUUCUGCGUUGAUCGAACAGAUCCAUGUUCGCAUGUCCCAUGGUACCGCCAACCUUGAGGAAGAUAUUGCCAAGUAUAUUGCUGCUACUGAGCAUGAACUGCAGGUCAUCUGUGAGGGUGCAGAACACAGCUUGGGCGACUUUUCCGAGAAGCAGCAGUUUAUCGCGGUGAUCCAAUCCAUCAAAGCUUCCACCAUUUCGCGUGUGUCCCAGGUCAAGCAUGUCGUUGUUGUCAACGUGGAUCACAAGCUUGUGAAUGAAAAGUUGUUGAAGAUCUCUGAAGAAGCAUCCCACGAAAUCUUUGCCCAUGUUGAAUCGAUCAAGCAAACCGUUCACGUCCAGAAGCACGGUACCACGAUCAAGAUCAUUCCCACUCAGCCGCAGGAGGUCGCUAAGGUUGAGAAGCCUCAAGAGAUCCACAAAGACGACCAUGAGUCCCAUUUGGCCAAGAAGGUGCUUAUUGGAUCCGCCGCCGUGGCUGCCGGUACUGCCAUAGCUGUGGAAGUGGCCAAGAAGUUGAAGCAACACAAGGAACAGGAGGAAAAGAAGCACUCUGUUAUUGUGGUGGGUCAACAAGGUACAACCGAGUCGUCCGCAACCAACGUCAUCGUGGUCACCGAAGUCGACAAGGUCAAGGUCCAGUUUACCGAAUGGUUCAGGCGGUUCACGUCUGCCGUUACUUCACAGGAAUCCAUCACAGAUGAGAAGCAAUUGACCAUUGUUAUUCAGCAAUACCGUGAAGAAUUCUUGAAGAUUACGCAAGCCUCGAAAGCCAACGUCCAGUUGAAGGAACAGCACAAGACUUUGGUUUGGGUUGAGGAAACAGUCCUUGCUCAGAUCACCCGUAUCCAAGAAAUGACGUUGCAGGCCAAGACUCAGGGUGUCAUUGAUGUUCACUCUCGCUUGGAAGUUUUGAAGAUUGUUACCGAACAAGAAGUCGGUGCCGCUCUGGAUCAAUGCAAGUCUGCCAGCCACAGUUGGGUUGCCGUCACCGUGGAGCAAUUGAAGCUCAAGGAGAAUGCUUUGCUCGACAUCAAAUCGGAGAUGGCGCUCGUUACCCAGGAUGCCAAAGCUACUUUGACCACUUGCAUUCAAGACCUUGUGGCUCGUGUUACGCUUCGUAUUCAGCAAGGUGGUUCCAACGUUUACGAAGAUGUCAAGGUGAUUAUCGAGCAAGGCCGUCAGCAACUGGUGACUCGCGCAGAGCAGGUUCAAGUGACUGCUUCGAAGCGUCUUUCGGCUUUCCAAACCAAGACCACCGUCGUCGUGGGUACUGCUGCUUUGGCUGGCAUUGCUACCGCUGAAUUGAGCCAUGUUCUCAAGGAAACCGAAACCACGCUCAAGUACAAGAUGGAACAUAUCGACGCUUGCGUGAAGCACGACCAGAGUUCCACUGUCUUGGAAAAGAUUUCCGCUAUUCAGCAUGAAACGACCGUUCACAUCCACGACAGUAUCGACAAAUGCAAGCACAACUUUGUUUCUUCCGUUUCCAAGCACCAUGAAGAAGGCCACGUUGUCACUGGUCACCAGCAAGUGCAGGUGAUUGAACAGCAGCCCGUUGCCCAGGUUUCCGUUACGGUUCACGAGGUCAAGGUGACCAUCCGAGAAUGGCUCCACUCUUUGGCUGAGAAGGUCUCGGUUAUCGUCAAGCAAGACAAACCAAACACCCAACAGGAAAUUGAUCUCUUGAUUACCAAGGAAACCGAACUCAUGACACAGCAUUUGGAAUUGUCCAAUACCAAGAUCACCGAAUCGCUCAAGUCCCAAACUGAAAUUGAAGCUUGGCACGCCACGUUCGAAUCGGUGAAGACGACGAUUGUUCAGAGUGCUACCGAAAUUAAGACGGUGAGUGCCCACGUCUGUGACAAGUCUCGCACGGAUACUGGCUUGGAACAAAUUACCUCGGUUAUUGCUGUGAACGAGCAACGCAUCAGCGAAGUGCUUGUCCAUUACGAACAGAGCGUUACUGUUGUUGAAACUGUUGAGUCUCACAAGGAAACGGAGCAGAAGCACGGAUCCCAGACCAUCGUUGCCGGAAAGACCGACACCAAGACCGAAACCAAGACUGACUCCAAGGUCGACGAUUCAUCGAAGAAGACAGAAGGAGCCGUCGUUGUUACUGUUGUGUUUGUAGAGCACGUCAAGUCAACCAUCCAUUCCUGGCUCUACAAGUUAAUGGAAGCUGUCUCUACUUGCAGCAAGAAGGGUGGAUCUACCGAAGACAUCAACGCUAUUGUUGUGCGUGCCAAAAAGACCCUCACUGUUGAAUUUGAUUGCGUGACCAAGUGUGUUAGCCAACAAGAACGCAACUCUCUUGAAUGGAUCCGUGGUGUCGCUCUUCAAGGUGCCCUUCAAAUUCAGCAAAUCGGUGUCCAGUCCGUUGCCGCCAAGAGCAAAACCGGUGGCUUUGAAGCCAUGAAGCCACUUGUGGAUAGCAUCCUUACCCAAAUCGACGUGGUCAUCCAUCAAUGUGAUUCCAAGUUGAAGAUUACAUUACAAAAGAUUGGUUCACAUGAUGUCAAGCAAUCCAAGGACGAGAAGAAAACCACCGUCAAGGGUGACAAGAAGCACGAUGGACGUGACGAAAAGAAAUCCAAAUGUGAUAAAUCCAAUAAAAAGGAUGAUGACUCGGAUUCUUCCGAUGAUGAGAAGAAACAUGACAAGAAGAAGCAUGACAUGAAGAAGCAUGACGAAAAGAAACAUGAUGAGAAAAAGUCCAAGAAGGAGCAUGAAAAGAAUGAAAAGAAGGAGUCUCAUCAUGCAUCCGGUGAAGCUGCUAUUGCCAUCAUUCACCAUGAUGAACAGAAGCAAGCUGGCAAGAUUACAACCGUUACCAGUGACUCCAUUGCUUCGCUUCACGUGGUGAUUCAACAGUGGUUCGAAGCCCUGAUGUCCAAUGUCUCUUCUAUUGUUCAGGCUGGUGGUAGUAAAGCCAACGAGGAAAUCCAAGUCACCGUUGAAGAAGCUACCGUGAAGAUCACCGAAAUUCUCAAAGUGGCCGAUGUCAAGGCAGAAGGUUGUUUCACCAACAAGUCCUCGCUUCAGCAAUACCGUGCUUCCUUGCAAUGGGCUCGCAACUUGGUUAUCCAAGGAUCACUUCAGGUCAAGGCGAUUGCUUUGAAUGCCACGGCCUCUUCAUCGCGUGUCAACAUCAUGCCUCAGUUGCGUCCUUUGGUUGGCUCUAUUCAGGUCCAGAUCGACACCGAACUUUCCAAGUACAAGCUGGAUCUGAUCCAUGUGGAUGAAUCGCAUGCCGUCCAACAAAAGAAGGCCGAAGAAAAGAUUGACGAUUGCCGUAAAUCGGCUGAAAAGAAGAAACAUCAAUGCACUGAUAUCAAAGCGCGUGUACCCGACUUGUUGGAAGAAGCUACCGUAGUAAUCAUUGGCUCGCUUACCGCUUUGGUUGAUAAAAUCUCUGUGCGUUGCAAGCAGAACGAAGACCACUUAGAACAAGACGUCAAUGUCAUUAUCGUUCAAGGUCGUCAAGAAUUGAACCAGGCCAUUCAAAAAGCGCAGGAAUCCGUGUUUGCCAAGCUCCAAACCGAGGAGCAUGAUGAAACCGUGUCUGUUAUUCGUACCCGAAUUGAGGAAAGCUUCAAAACCAUCCAAGUUUCGGUGAAUCAGCAAGUGGUGGAAAUUCAGAACACUGCAUGCACUCACAAGACUAACAGCGUUGUCGUUGAGAAGUUGACCGGUAUUCUGGAAAAGAGCAAGACUGAAAUUCAUCAUGCGGUGACCACCGUUCACAAGGAAUCCACCGAGAUUUUGGAAACUGCCCAUUCCCACGCCGAGGCAACGGUGACCAUUGUAGACACCGUGGACAUUGUCAAGCAAAAGAUCAUCUCUUGGUAUGCUCGCCUUGAACAUGAAAUAACGGUGAUCCUUGGCAGUGAUGAGAAGGAUAAGGAAUCCAAGGUGAAACUGUUGAUCAACGAAGCCCAGGUUGACAUUGGCCGUCUUAUUCACGAGUCGAAGCAAAGCGUCCACUCUGGUUCCGCCGUCAUUCGCAAGACUUCAGGCCAUGUAUCUCAAGAAGACUUGAUUGCUACUCUCGAUUGGCUCCAUACUCAGGUCAAUGCCGAGGUUGAAGAAAUCCGCGUGAUCGGUAUCCAGGCCACCAAGGAUCACAGUGUUGAUGUCAAGACUGCCAUUACCAGCAUCACUCACAAGUCGCAAAAGAAGAUCGAGACGGCUCUCAAUCAUUCCACUGCCUUGGUCGUCGGUAUGGCCGCGGCUGCUGCUAUCACAUUGCACCAUGACGAAAAAUCCAACAACUGGACGGUCGAUGUCAAGGAGAACGUAACCGUGAUUUCCGAUUGGUUCAAGAUCGUGACACAAAAGAUUUCCGGCUGUGUGAAGCAAGGCGGCAACGUGGCUCACAACGUAGACUUGACGGCGCAUCAAGCUGAAGAAGAAAUUGCCGAAAUUAUCAGCCAAGCUCGCAUUGACUUCCGCAAACGCUUAUCCGACCAGAAGCAACUCGACCAAGCCGCGCUCAAGUAUGCUUGUGAGCAUUAUGAGCACAGCCUUGAAGCCGUACGUGUGGCCAUCACGGCGGAAAUCGCCGAAGUCAAGAAGACCGCUCUCGAAGUGCAUGCUUCCGGUGAAAUUGUGGAGCUCGACGAGAAAUUGACCAAGAUUACCCAAGAAUCUACGGAACGCAUCAAGAUCGAGAUGGGAUCUACCGUCACCAUCAGUGAGAAGAAGACCGCCCACGGUGCGCCGCAAAAGGGAUCCCUGGUGGAAAUCGCUAUCGACGAGAAAGAAGAUGCCAUCGUGGUAGGAUCCGAAGAUAUUGCUGCAGGUCACGAAGAAACCACGGUUGAGAUUACUCACGGCAAGGAUGAAAAGAAGGCUCAAACCAUCGUCGUCGGUUCGGGUGCCAACACGGGUGCUACUCACACGAUUGUUGUCAAGAACCAACCGCACACCAUUUCGCAAGUUGAUAUUACCGAAACCGUGACCGAGGUCAAGACGCAAGUCACUCAGUGCUCUACCACUCUUAUUGAGAAGCUGUCUCAACAAAUCAAGCAGACGGAUGUCUCAUCGGUCAAGAACGUCAAAGUGGUAGUUCAGGAGACUCGCGUGGAGAUUGAAAAACUCAUCGCUGCACACAAGUCCAAAUUGGAAACCUGGGUCACCUAUGGUGUUGUCUCGGCAACCGCUGUAUCUACCUUCAAGGCUACCCUGGAGUGGAUUGCGUCGUUGAUGUUGGAAGAAACCAACAAGAUCGAAGCCAUGGCUAUCCAGUCGGUGGAAGGAAAGACGGAUCUCGUUCAACAGAUGCAAGAGGUUGUGGUAUCAACCGAACAGCAGGUUCACACUGAGCUUGAUCGUAUCCAUGUCACCGUCAAGGAGCAAUACCACAAGGAUACCACCGUCAUGCAUGAGAAGUUGGAAACUAUUCUCAAGAGCACGCAAGACACCAAAACUUAUAUUGUUCGCUGGGUUGCAAGCUUGAAUGAAAAGGUCAAGGCUCGAAUUGAACAAGGCGGUCCUUCCGUUCAUGAAGAUACUCUGGCGAUUAUCAAGGAGGAAGAAUCCAAGGUUAUGUCCGUGAUUGACAAGACCAAGACCCAAGUGUCGUCGUCGAUUUCCACUGUGCAAUACCAGGAAAUUUCCGCAUCCCUUGAACAGGUGCAAACGGUUGUUAUCUCUCAUGUUCAUUCCUUGGAGUCAACUUUAUCUCAAGGAUCUGUCACCGAGAAGAUUACCGCCAUUGACAAGUUGAAUGAAUCCACAUGCCAUACAGUGACCGAGAAACUGACGAUUGUCGAAGAAACCGUCUGCAAGCACAAGCACGAAACCUAUACCGUGAUUGCUGGUCAGCAAUCCACCACGGACAAGGUGUCGCAAGUUGUUGUUGUCGGCCAGAAACCCACCACGGACAAGGUAUCGCAAGUCAUCGUCGUCGGCCAGCAACCUACCACUGACAAGGUGUCCCAAACCGUCGUUGUCGGUCAUCAAGAGACAAAGACCGAGGCCCAUGAAAGUGACAAGCAUCAAGCAACCACCAUUGUGGUCGGUCAAAAGCCGGCUGCAAAGACCGAUGUUGUGGUUGGCCACGAAGCUGAACAUAUCAAGGUAGAAGGUUCCCACAAGCAACAAGAGUCUCACAAGCAAGAAGAAGAAAAGUCCCAUCACGGUGUUUCUAUGGGUGCUAUUGUUGCCGGUUCACUCGCUAUUGGUGGUGCCACUGCGGUUGCUGCUGGUGUCAUUGCUCAUCACAAGCAUCAGAAGCAAGAAGAACACAAGGAGCAAGCUCAUCAACAACAGCAAAGCACGAGCCAGCAAACGGGAUCCAUGUCUGCUAUCCAUGUGGUUGCUGGUGAACAAGCACACGACCAAACCAAGGUAACCACCGAAGGUGAAAAGCAUACCGUGGUAAUUCACGCUGGCGAGUCCGAACAAAAAAUGUGCAAGCCAUCGGAACAAUCUCACGAUGAGGUCAAGAAACAAGGCGAGCUUCAUACCGUGGUUAUCAAGACCGGUUCCCCUACCACGGUCACUCAACCUGUCAAUGUGCAAGUUGGAAGCGACAAGACUUCAGAACAGGUUGCAAUUCACCUUGAACAUCAAGACCAGCAAUCCAGCGAGAAGCAGGGUGAGAAACACACCAUCAUCAUCAAGCCGGGCUCAUCGGGUGCCAUCGUUCAAGAAGCCGAAACGAAGACGCAAAUUGUCUUGACCUACAACAGCGCCUCCGAGACUAUUGAAAGUACCAAGAUCGCCGUGACUCAGUGGUUCCACGAAUUGACGAUCAAGGUCUCCGCCUGUGCCAAAGCAGGAAACAAGGAAGAGGUCAAGGUGGUGACCGAAGAAGCUCGAAAGCAACUGGUGAACAUCAUUGUUCGCGCCAAAUCUUCCGGUGCCAAGCAUAGUGCUUCUUUCAACGAUUACGCUCAUUACAUUGGCAAGAUUGAAUGGAUCUAUUCCGUUGCAUCUACUCAGGUAACCGAAAUUGAAGAAGCCGGUGUCCUCGCUGCUACAAAGAAGGUCGAUAUCACGGAGCAAAUUCAAACGGUGGCCAUCGCUACUUGUCAUCAGAUCGAAGUCACCCUAGAGCAACUCAAGUCCACAUUGCGCGCUACGGUGACCGCCACCAAACAACAAGUGACGGAACUCGACUCUCAUAAGCAAGCCUCUGCGGUGGUGAUCAUUGAAGAAACCCGUGCAUCUGCCAUGACCUGGUUUGCCGAACUUUCCUCCCGAUUGUCCGAACGAAUCAAGCAAGGUGGUGCGAAUGUCCAGCAAGAUGUCGUCCAAAUCAUUGAAUCGGCCGAACAGCAGAUCGAAGGUAUCCUCAGUGCAAGCAAGGUGAACGACGAAGUGAUCCGACAUCAGGUGUCUGGUGCUCUCAGCAUCGUUCGCGAUACGUUGAGAGCUCAGAUUAUUACCGUGAAACGAUUGGUGACUCAUGCUAAGCAUUCCAUUGUGGAGAACGACGAACGCGACAAGAUCCUCUCGGCCUGCGAAGUUUCCAAGCAUAGCAUUCAAACCGCUUUUGCUUCAGCAGUCAGUGUGAUCAAUCACAAGACAACUGAUGUGCAACAAGGCCAAACCCAUACGGUUAUCAUCCAUGUGGAUCAAGAUAAGCAUCAAGCUUCCCAGGCCGUCAUUGCUGCUCAACUGGUCAAUCAAGAAUCCGUGACCAUUGUUACUUCUGCUAGCCAAAAUGUCCAAACUUGGUAUAUUCAUCUCAAGGACAAGUUGCUGCAACUCUCGGAACGCAACGAAUGGAAUGAAGAGCGCACCAGCGCUGUGAUCAGUCAAUCGGAGCUGGAACUUAAAACCAUGUUGAAUGAAUACGAGAACAAGUGCCGUUCCGAUACCCAUUUGAAGAUCUUUUACGAACAUUUGCGCACUACGGUCGAAAACCAGUUGCAGACGGUCAAGUAUGAAGUGUCCCAUAACAAGACCAUCAUCAAGACUUCUUUAGACACUAUUGAAACGAAAUUGAUUCAAGAGGUGACUACUCAUGUCGAUGCCAUCAAGCACAUUACUGUCUCCGCCGACAAGAAGAAGGAUGAUGAACAUCGCCAAGACAAGAUUUCCACCGUUGAAAAAGUCGCUAUUGGUUCUGCAGCUAUCGCCUCGGCCGCUGCUGUGGCUGUUGGUAUCCAUCACAGCCACGACAAGGAAAAACAUGAAGCCAAGUCCCAAAAGGUGCAGCUCGUUGCGAAGAAUCAGGUUCACACUGUCAAAGUCAAGAUUGACGAAUGGUAUACCCGACUCAUCGAGAAAGUCACGGUUCGCACUCAGCAAGGUGGCGAUAACACGGCUCACGAUAUCACGGUGAUUACUCAAGAAGCUCAAGUCGAGUUGGACUCCAUUAUCUCGGAAUGCAAGUCAAACAUCACUACUGUCUCUUCGCAGCAGCAAGUUACCGAAGAACGUACCUUUACUACAACGCUCGAAUGGAUCCGUACCACCGCUACCACUCAGGUGACGGAAAUUCAAACCAUCGUCAAGCAUAGCGACAGUGCUAUUGAUGUGAAGCAGCAAAUUGAAAACUUGACUUUGGCAUCCAAGAAGCAAGUGGACAAUGCCCUCGAACUUCAUAUUGAUGAAACCGUUGUCCAGGUGGUGGAAGAUUUGGAAGUCGUCGGUUCCAUUGACGUUGAAAAGCAGACAAAGGUACAGAAGACCAAGGUGACGAUCGUUGAAGAAACCAAGGAGGAAGCCAGGGAACGUGUACGCAAGGACCUGCAAGUCGUGACGGUGGAAAUUAAGAACCGUUUGGCUCUCCGUCUCGAUGUACUGGUCAAGGACAUUCGUGUGGUUAUCCAGCAAGGCGGUAACGAUGUUCAAGAAGAAGUGACGAAACUAGUGGCUGCCGCCGAGAGCGAAAUCGAUAUCUUGAUCAAGGAAUUCAAGGCUCAAUUUAUCAGUUCCGGCAAGACUUCGGAGACGACUCACACUAGGACCGAAAUUGCUUGUCUCGUCACCAAGGCCCACAAGCAGUCGUUGGAUUGUCUCGACAGUCUCAAGGCCACCGUGAUGAUGAAGCUUUCCCUUAUCCGCAAAUUGGUCCUCCGCAUCCGCGUCGAAGAACUCAUCACCAUUGACGAGCAGAUCUCUGCCAUUGUGGUGCGCACCAAGAAGCAUAUCUAUCACGUCCUUGAACACUCCACCGAAACGGCUAUUACAACUGCUUUUGAUAGUAACGUUGUCACCUGGGUUGAAACCACGGAACUCCCUGUCGCUUUCAGCAAGGCCCGUGUGUUUGCUUUUGACUUGCCUGGUACCAUUGUCGAUUAUCAGCUCUCCAUUUCCAAGGCCCUUCGUGAUCGCGAACUGUUCCAAGGCGUGGAUACCGAUGCAUUUGUUGCUCAAUGGUACGCUGGUUAUUUGAAGCAGAAGGAGACAUCCCUUGAAGCCUUUGACGAUGAAAUCCUCCAAAGUGUCCUUGUUCAACUCUUGCAAUCUCAUUCGAAACAGUAUUGUGACGCUGAUCUCCAAGUCCUUUGCGGUCUUUGGCACGAACUCAAUGCCUUUGACGAUGCUAUGGUGGGUGUUCGCCGGUUGAAACAGCACAACAUGAAGACGGUCGCUUUCUCGCAUGUCCUUUCCACAAGCACGAUGGUCGACCUUGCGCAGCACGCCUGCCUUUGCUGGCACGCUCAGUUCAGCUCCGAAAUGUUCCAUGAUCACAAGGUUGACUCGAUGAUUGCUGGAACAGCCAAACUUCUUCGUGUCAAGUCGGACGAAUUGGUGAUUGUCUCUGCCAACCCUACUGUGCUUAACGCGGCCAAGAACCAAGGUGCUCAAACCGUCCUCAUCACCCGUAACGAAGAAACGACACACCAUGAAUAUGGUAUCGUUCUCGAUGGCAUCGAUAUGUUGGCCGAAAGCUUCGAAGCACUCUUGGAACAUCAAACUGUUCAUCAAACCGAAAGUCAAACCAACCAACAUCGCUCGCUAUUCCAAAGAAUCAAAUCCACCGCUGCUGAGGAACGUAUAUAGUUUUUUAAAAGAGUUUGGACAAUACAUCAGUAAAUAGUUUAGCUAUUGAAUUUGUGAUGUGGAAUUUUUACAAGUGAAUAAAAAAUGCGAUGAAUGUAUUAUUAUAAA